GGCGGCGCCCGCAGGCUGCGCGAGGCUCGGAGGCGGCCCUGAGCUGCCGGGCGGGCGCGGCGCUCCGGGGGGCGAGGAAGGCGGCCCGGGGAGCCGGAGCGGGGCCGAGGCGCUGAGACGCGGCGGCGAGGCUGCCGGCUGGAUGGGAAGUUAAUGUUUACGGCGGAGUCCACCCAACGUUUCCAAGGUGGCGACAGACAAGGUUGCAGAAAAGCUGAGUUCUACUCUCUCAUGGGUGAAGAACACAGUAUCACAUACAGUCAGUCAGAUGGCCAGUCAGGUGGCAAGUCCAUCUGCUUCAUUACACACUACAUCCUCAUCUACCACACUAUCCACGCCAGCCCUUUCUCCAUCUUCCCCUUCACAGUUGAGUCCAGACGACUUAGAACUCCUGGCUAAACUGGAGGAACAAAACAGAUUGUUAGAGACGGAUAGUAAGUCUUUAAGAUCUGUAAAUGGGUCAAGAAGAAACAGCGGCUCCUCCCUUGUAUCAAGUUCAUCAGCCUCUAGCAACCUCAGCCACCUUGAAGAAGAUUCUUGGAUUCUUUGGGGAAGAAUUGUAAAUGAAUGGGAAGAUGUACGCAAAAAAAAGGAAAAGCAAGUUAAGGAGCUUGUUCGUAAAGGGAUACCCCACCACUUUAGAGCAAUAGUUUGGCAACUUUUAUGUAGCGCACAAAGUAUGCCAAUUAAGGAUCAGUAUUCAGAACUCUUGAAAAUGACCUCACCGUGUGAAAAAUUGAUCCGAAGGGACAUUGCUAGAACUUAUCCUGAACACAAUUUUUUUAAGGAAAAAGAUAGCCUUGGACAGGAGGUUUUAUUUAAUGUAAUGAAGGCAUAUUCUUUAGUGGAUCGUGAGGUUGGUUACUGUCAAGGAAGUGCUUUUAUAGUUGGAUUGUUGCUUAUGCAGAUGCCAGAAGAAGAAGCUUUCUGUGUAUUUGUUAAAUUAAUGCAAGAUUAUAGACUUCGUGAACUUUUUAAACCAAGUAUGGCAGAAUUGGGCCUUUGUAUGUACCAGUUUGAAUGCAUGAUACAGGAGCAUCUUCCAGAGCUCUUUGUACAUUUUCAGUCUCAGAGUUUUCAUACCUCAAUGUAUGCAUCAUCUUGGUUUCUGACUAUCUUUCUUACUACUUUUCCAUUACCAAUUGCAACAAGAAUAUUUGAUAUCUUUAUGUCUGAGCACUUUCAGAAGGUCAUUCCACAUCAGUUUGAUGGUGGACCAGACAAAUUAAUCCAGGCAGCUUACCAAGUCAAAUAUAACUCAAAAAAAAUGAAAAAGCUUGAAAAGGAAUACACUACAAUAAAAACUAAAGAAAUGGAAGAACAAGUUGAAAUUAAAAGGUUACGCACAGAAAAUAGACUUUUAAAACAGCGCAUUGAAACAUUAGAAAAAGAAAGUGCUUCCUUGGCAGAUAGAUUGAUACAGGGACAAGUGACAAGAGCCCAGGAGGCUGAGGAAAACUACCUCAUAAAACGGGAGUUGGCCACCAUCAAACAGCAGAGUGAUGAGGCCAGUGCUAAACUGGAGCAAGCUGAAAAUACCAUCAGGAAGCUCCAGCACCAACAACAAUGGCAUAAAUGCAAUUCCAACUACAAUGAAGAUUUUGUGCUGCAACUAGAGAAGGAAUUGGUCCAAGCCCGUCUGAGUGAAGCUGAGUCUCAGUGUGCACUAAAGGAGAUGCAGGAUAAAGUCCUGGAUAUAGAGAAGAGAAACAACUCUUUUCCUGAUGAAAAUAACAUUGCAAGGCUUCAGGAGGAGCUCAUUGCUGUGAAACUGAGAGAAGCAGAAGCUAUUAUGGGAUUGAAAGAACUGAGACAACAGGUCAAGGAUUUAGAGGAACACUGGCAGCGCCACUUAGCUCGUACUACUGGGAGAUGGAAAGACCCACCUAAGAAAAAUGCUGUAAAUGAGUUACAGGAUGAACUGAUGACCAUUCGACUUAGAGAAGCUGAAACUCAGGCAGAAAUAAGAGAAAUUAAACAAAGGAUGAUGGAAAUGGAAACACAGAAUCAGAUCAAUAGUAACCAUCUUCGAAGAGCAGAACAAGAGGUGAUCAGUCUACACGAGAAGGUGCAAUAUCUUUCAGCACAGAACAAAGGACUGCUUACUCAAUUAAGUGAAGCAAAACGCAAACAAGCAGAGAUUGAAUGCAAGAACAAAGAAGAAGUGAUGGCUGUGAGACUCCGGGAAGCAGAUAGCAUUGCUGCUGUGGCUGAAUUACAGCAGCACAUUGCUGAGCUGGAAAUCCAGAAAGAAGAAGGAAAGCUUCAAGGACAGCUUAACAAGUCUGAUUCUAACCAGUAUAUUAGGGAACUGAAAGAUCAGAUAGCAGAGCUGAAUCAUGAGCUCAGGUGCCUAAAAGGCCAGAGGGUCUUCUCAGGUCAGCCUUCUUUUGAUGGAAUCCACAUUGUCAACCAUUUAAUAGGAGAUGAUGAAUCAUUCCAUUCCUCUGAUGAAGAUUUUAUGGAUAAUUCCUUACGGGAAGGUGGCAUUGGUUUUCCUUUGCACAGAAAAUCUGGCCCAAUGUCUUUGGACCCCGCUGUGGCAGAUGGUAUUGAAAGCGAAACAGAAGACAGUGUGUUGGAGACCAGAGACAGCAACCAAGUGACCCGAAAGGAGCAGCCCCCAAGAAGAGAAUCGUACUCAACCACUGUCUGACCAUCACUGUGACCUAGACUGUGGGGUUUUUUAAGGGAUCAGUUAUUAUCAUAUGAUUAAGGGUUUGGGGAACAUAUCUGUUUCAUAUGUACAUACUUAUAUACCUAUAUAUAUAUAUAUAUACACAUAUAUAUAUAUUUUACAGUCUUAUCUGCCUUUUUAUCUUUGCCAAAUCUUCACCACUGACUUACCAUUGCCAUAAAGUAGACUGGAAUAUGGUUAAUGGGAAAAAUAAGGUUCUAACAGUAUUACUGAAUAUUAAUGUUUCUUGUUUAGAAAAUGCAAUUUAUCUAUAUGUGAGAAGUAUUUUGAAGUUCAGAACUAUGGAAAAUUGAAUUUUCUUCAGAUAAAACUGCUCUAGUGCAAUAUGUCAUGGUCAUUCAACAAAUUACAUAUUUAUAUUUAUCAAUUUGUUUUCAGGGCAGCUGUCUACAAACAUUUGACCAAUAUAAACAUUGAAUUAAUCUUGUGUUUUUGUGUUGGGGGAGUUUUUUGGGUUGGUUUUUUUGUUUGUUUGUUGUUUUGUUGUUUUCAGUUAAAAUUACUGCUUUGGUAAUGAGCCACUGAAAGCUCCCAAACACAAAGCCUUUUCUUUUUUCCAUAUAAUUUUGCAAACACAAAUUAAUGGUCAUUUGUCUUGAGAGUUUUAAGUUUUGUUUUAAUUUCUAAUUUUUAUGUACAUAUGCUUCCGUGUGUUGCCUACUGGUCAGAAUAGAAGGUUAACUAAAAAUAAAUUGGGUUUUUGUACAUAUUUAUAAGUCUACAUCACCCACAUUGAACAUCAUUUUAUAUGAAGAAUGUACAUGUUGCAAAAUGACUGCCUUCAGCAUUCCAACAGGACUUCUGUAAAUAAUAGGUUAAAAGAAAAUUGAAAAUAAAACCAAACACUAAUAUUUUAAUAGCUUUAGUAUUUUGCUUAGCAUUCAACACUAGCAGAUUCAUAAGUGAACUAAUGCUUGUUCAGAAACACUAUUGGUGACAUUUUACUUCAUGUGUAUAUAACUAAUAAAUUUUUCAUGAUUAAAGAGGUGAUAGCACGUAUUACUUAGUGCUAAUAUCUACUUAAUAUAAUUUAAACAAUGGACUGAGGUCCAAGAUACACAAAAAUUAUAUCUGCAAAUAAUCUAUGAACAUUAUCUUCAGAUUCUCUAGUUACUAAUCCAUAGAUAAAGCCAUAAGAAUUUUUUUCUACCAAUUCUUCCUUUUUAUCUAGACUUUUUUUCAUGGAAAUUUGAGUGACUGUCAAUGGUAAAUUGGUAGAAACACCAAAUUACACUUAGAUUACUUAAAGAUAACAAUAAUGUGUUGACUGGAUGCUUUCCACUUCCAUUUUCAUCAGCAGCCUAUGGAAAAAAAAAUAGCCUUCAAGGAUAAGAGGAAAGUAGAAUUCAGUAUAUAUGGAGAUACAACUUUGCACAGUAUGUUGCAUGCAGAAAAAAAAAAAAUUUGUAUGACAGGAUGGAGUAGAAGAGAAAGAAUCAUUUUUGUGUCUAAAGCCAGGAGUUAAGCUUUAUGGUAUAUUUAUGGAUUAGGCUUUUCCAGCAAGCACUUUGUAGCUAUUUGCUUGGGAAACCAGAUUGAAAAUAACACCUGUUGUGUCCAUAUCACCAGGUUAAAUUCUAGUGGUUAAGUAAUUUACCUGUGGUUACAAGUUAGUAAGUAGCAGAGCCAAAAGUUUCAUCAAGAUCUCUCUGACACCAAGCUGAAAAGGUUCAGCUAAUGAAUUUCUCAAUUCUCUGCUUUUCUGGCAAUUAAUGUGAUUUCAUUGGUUUCCUGAAUAUAUAUAGAUCUAUAUGUAUAGAUGUAUCAACACUCAUAAACUCUGCAGAGGUCUACUAGAAUUAUCUACUAGAAUUGCCUGACUGGUGCUAUUUGGGAUUCUCUUUUGGAGUUCAUUACUGUCAGCCUAGGGGCUGUUGAUGCCCAGGUAAAAUGAGGUGAGUCAUGGCCACAUGAUUGCUUUGACCCCCACAAUAAGAAAUCUAAAUGAUCUAGACCAAGGGUCAGCAAAUACAGGACAUGAGGCUAUUCCAACCAGCUUCCUGUUUUUACAUGACUCACAAGCUUAGAGCUUUUUAAUUUUUAAAUACUUGGGAGAAAAAAAAUCAAAAGAACAAUAUUUUAUGUCACAUGAAAAUCAUAUGAAAUUCAGUAUUGACAAAAUUUUAUUGGAGCUUACCCAUGCUUGUCCAUUGACAUCUGUGGCUGCUUCUCUGCUACCAUGGCAAAGUUGAGUAGUUACAACAGGUACUGUAUGGUACAAACAGUCCAAAAUGUAGGUUUACAUCUUAAGUUUGUCUCAGUAGAAGCUCAAACUACCUGUUUCUGCUGUAGAACUAAUGGUUUGGAAGCCUAAAAUUUCCUAGUGGAUCUUAAACUCAUAACUAUUCAAAAUGGAAAAUGUUCCAGCUGUUUUAUAUCAUGAAGUCUUUGAUGCCAAAGACAAAUUUGGAAGGACAUCUGUACCUUUGGAAAUGGAGAAAGGGAAGAAUUCCAGAAUCCCAGCACUGUUCUUGCAAGCAGGCAUAUUGACCUUUAGUGUAUGCUUCAAUGAGCCAGUGUUAUAAUUUGACUUUAAAAUAACAUCUUUCUAGAAUCAUGUUUGAAUUCUAAAUUUGAAAGAUAUUCUUAGAGAAUUUCCUACGUACUGUUUUCCGGUUAGGAAUUAGGUGUUAACAAGAAUCGUAGUAAGUAAAUCCAUUGAUCUUGUAAUUUGGACAAUGAAAAACUAGAAACAACAAUCAUCUCAUUUAAGAGCUUUGAUUCAAAUACUCCUUAGAAGCGUUUAGAAUCUUCCUGGUUUUUAGGAUGCAACAGGAUACUAUGCCCUGAUUUGAUAUUAAGACUUUUGAGGUAUCAGAAAAUGUUCUCUUGAUAGAUUUUAUUUAAUCCCUGGUACUCUGUGUCAUUUAAAUGUUACUCAGUUAAACACUUAGAGCUGAAGAAUAUUCAGGGAGGAAAAGUGAAUAAAAUAAAUAGCACACAAAGUAUUCUCACAGGGUACUUACCUUCCUGGUGUUGUUGCCAUCUAGGUUGAAACACUAAAAGUAGGAUCUGAAUGAAAUGGAAAUUGCAUGGGGUGAUGAAACAGAACUUUUAGAUCAAGCAAAUAUUUCAGCAGCCUUUUAAAAAUCAGUGGUAAAUAUUUUCUUCCUGUAAAAAGCAGUCAAAGAUCUAACAUUACACAAUUUUUACCCUUUCUAUUGAUAGAUAUUAAGUAUUCAAUGUUCGAUGACUAUUGGGACAUCAAGUCUCACCUGGCACGCUAGUUUGGAAGAAAAAAAAAACUUUCUCUUAGCUCUGAGCAUGAUACAGCUUGUUACUCUCCAGAUAGUGCCUUUGAAAACAAGGUCUAGACCUUUUUAAGUAUUUUAUUUUUAACAUCAUAAGAAAUGAAUUGGUUCCAUCUUCUGCUUUACCUUUUACAUAACACACUAUCAUUUUCAGAUUUAAAGUAAAAUAAGUAUAUGAAUUGUGUUUCAGUAAAGCCCUUUCACGGCCAACUUAAUCAUUGUGUAGUACCAUGUGUAAGGUACAUUUUAUUAAAUCAGUGAUUUACUUUAUUAAAACGGUGUGCUUUAGCCUGAAAGUUAUUGCUGCUCUAUCAUUAACAAAACAGUUUUUAAAACUAAUGAAUUUUAAUUUAAUUAAUUGUCCUGGAAUUAAAGUUCCUGGUUAAAAGUAGAGUGGAUGCUCUUUAUAAUCCAACUUUUUACAUCCUAUCCAUUGAUCGACCUAUCCUUUCUUUUCACUCCAAAGAAAAGAUGAUAGAAUAAUACAUUAGAUAUACUAUACAGAUGCAAAAUUAUAAUGUUUUUCAUUUUACUGUUGGAGUUUCUUAUUGUAACAUUGUAUGAUAACCUGAAAUGUUUACUUGUGCCUUUACUUUAAACAAUUAUUAAAGUUUUUCAUUUUAUAAGAA